CACCACUCUAUAUAAAUAUGCCCUCCAAAGUGAGGACAUCGUUCAGUAUUGUUCGGGUGGAUUGCGAAAAAUAGUUAAAAAAAAAAUGAAGUUCUUCCUCGCCGUUAUGGCGUGCCUGGCCGUUUCUCAGGCCGCCACGCUCAACUUCGAGAGCCCCAUGACGAUGCGUGAUGCUCAGGCAUCUGACAGAAGUCACACGCGUAUUGUCAAUGGAUUCCCAGCUACCGCUGGCCAGUUUCCGUACCAGGUGUUCCUACGUGGCUUCAACGCCGGAGGUGGUGCCCUGGCCUGCGGUGGUUCUCUCAUCUCCAACGAGUGGGUCCUGACUGCUGCUCACUGUAUCACCGGAGUGGUCCGAUUUGAAAUCCCAAUGGGAACGAUCAACUUCAACAACCCCGAAGUCAUGGGAACUUCCACCACGUUUAUCAUCCACCCAAAUUACAACCCCAACAAUCUGAACAACGAUAUUGGUUUGAUUCGUCUGGCUACUCCAGUCUCCUUCUCACAGAACAUCCAGCCAAUCGCUCUCCCAUCGGCCGACCGCACCGGAGAAACCUUCCUGGACGCUCAGGCCGUCGUGUCCGGAUUCGGUCGUACUAGCGAUGCCCCUGGCAGUGGAGUUUCACCGACUUUGAACUGGGUUGGAAUCCGUGUCAUCUCGAACGCCCAGUGCAUGCUGACCUACGGUCCGUCGGUCAUUGUGGCCUCGACCAUUUGCGGUCUGGGAGCUGAUGCCAACAACCAGAGCACUUGCAACGGAGACUCCGGUGGCCCACUGGCCAUCCAGGAGAACGGCAACAGCCUGCAGAUCGGUGUUGUGUCGUUCGUCUCGUCGGCCGGAUGUGCCUCUGGAAACCCCUCGGGAUACGUGCGCACCACUCACUUCCGCGCCUGGAUCAACCAGCACACCGGAAUUUAAACAUGAACUGUUACUUAUGAUGCCUUGUGAUAAUUGAGAGGAGGGGAAUAGAUGUAAAUUUUAAAUGAA